CUCACGGCGCCCGGGGCUAUUGCCACAGAUGUAGAUGAAUAUGAUUCCUCAUUACCUGCCCACAACCUCCCUGCUCACCCGUUAGUGUCAGUGGUGGGAUCAGACCAGAGUCCCAGCUGCUAACCCAGGCCCAGGGCCCAGGCCGGCGGAGCGCUCUGUCCUGGAGGGAGAUGGCCUUGGUGCUGGUCCCUGCCUUUUGCCUUCUGAGCGGUGCCUACGCCCAGAAGUGGGAUGUGACACUCGCUCCGGGGCCCGUGGCUAGAGGGGCCGGCGCCUGCGUGACCAUCCCCUGCUCCUUCACCUACCCCGCAGGGUGGACGGUCAGUGCCGUGAGCUGGACACGGGACUGGGAUCAAACCGUGUAUCACUCGGACGAGGCUCGUGUCCACGCUGCCUUCAAGGGGCGCGCCCGCUAUCUGGGGGACCUGCUGCACAACUGCUCCCUGCGGGUGGCGGGGCUGAGCCCCAGCGAUCAGGGCACCUACCGCUUCCGGUUCGAAGCCAUGCGCAACGGCAGCAGUGACGCAUGGACGGGUAUGCCAGGACAGCGGCUCAAUGUCUCCGACGAUCGGUGCCAGCCCUCCCUGGGGCGCCAAAGGGAACCGGGACCCUCCCUCACCUGCUCCGUAGGGGCCGCCUGCCCCCAUCUCCCCUCCUGGUACGACCGAAAUGGCGUGCGGCGGAGCCCAGGGCAAACCCCGGGCAGGGCUGGGGCGACCGAGCUGCGAAUAUCCCCGUCCCAGCUGGACCCCGGCGCGGCGCUGAGAUGCCAGGUGGAUGGAUACAGGGUUGAGUGUGACUCUGACCCAUCCCAGCCCCCGGGGACAGUCACCCCCAAUGCGCCCAGGAUCGAGGUUUCGUGGCCGGCAGGGAAGGCAGCGCUAAGGGAAGGCGACGGUUUUACCCUGCGCUGCCAGGGUGCUGCGCCGCGGCCUCCCGGGUACGUCUGGUCCCACGGGGACCUCUGGCUGCCAGAAGCCGGGCAGGAUUUACGUGUUGACAAGGCAGCCGUCUCUGACGGAGGGAGCUACGCGUGCGGGGUCUGGGUCUCCGGCCCCGGCUGGGGGUAUCUGAGCCUCUCUGCGAGGGAAUCAGUCCAAGUUCAGCGUGCCUACGCCCAGAAGUGGGAUGUGACACUCGCUCCGGGGCCCGUGGCUAGAGGGGCCGGCGCCUGCGUGACCAUCCCCUGCUCCUUCACCUACCCCGCAGGGUGGUCGGUCAGUGCCGUGAGCUGGACACGGGACUGGGAUCAAACCGUGUAUCACUCGGACGAGGCUCGUGUCCACGCUGCCUUCAAGGGGCGCGCCCGCUAUCUGGGGGACCUGCUGCACAACUGCUCCCUGCGGGUGGCGGGGCUGCGCCCCAGCGAUCAGGGCACCUACCGCUUCCGGUUCGAAGCCAUGCGCAACGGCAGCAGUGACGCAUGGACGGGUAUGCCAGGACAGCGGCUCAAUGUCUCCGACGAUCAGUGCCAGCCCUCCCUGGGGCGCCGAACGGACCCGGGACCCUCCCUCACCUGCUCCGUAGGGGCCGCCUGCCCCCAUCGCCCCUCCUGGUACGACCGAGAUGGCGUGCGGCGGAGCCCAGGGCAAACCCCGGGCAGGGCUGGGGCGACCGAGCUGCGAAUAUCCCCGUCCCAGCUGGACCCCGGCGCGGCGCUGAGAUGCCAGAUGGAUGGAUACCGGGAUGAGUGUGACUCUGACCAAUCCCAGCCCCCGGGGACAGUCACCCCCAACGCGCCCAGGGUCGAGGUUUCGUGGCCGGCAGGGAAGGCAGCGCUAAGGGAAGGCGACGGUUUUACCCUGCGCUGCCAGGGUGCUGCGCCGCGGCCUCCCGGGUACGUCUGGUCCCACGGGGACGUGUGGCUGCCAGAAGCCGGGCAGGAUUUACGUGUUGACAAGGCAGCCGUCUCUGACGGAGGGAGCUACGCGUGCGGGGUCUGGGUCUCCGGCCCCGGCUGGGGGUAUCUGAGCCUCUCUGCGAGGGAAUCGGUCGAAGUUCAGCGCUCUGGCCGGUGCCAAUGUCUGAGUCCCGGCCUCAUGGCAGGCGUUGUGGUUGCCAUCCUGCUCCUCGUCAUCCUCGUUAAUGUGGGGGCUUGUUACCUGCUCAGGAGAGGCCGGCGGCAGGCGGGAGCUGAGGGGGCUGCGGAGGGUGCCGAGCUUUCCCGCAGGCCGAAAACAGAGUCACCCUAUGAGGAACUCCAAGGACGGACCCAGGAUAUUUACAGCCAGUUGGACUCUCCCCAAGCAGGUUCCCACUGAGCUCCGGCGAAAUCCCGACCAGCCGGGAACCCCUCUGCACGGCCGGGACUUUAAACACAAAGAGACGCCAUCGCUCAACGGGGCCAGAUCCCAGCGGGGGUCCACAAGCGCCCACUUUCCACUGUGCUGGGGGGUGCUUGACCCCUGGCUCUGCCCCAGGCCUCACCCCCACUCCACCCACACCCUCAAGACUGCACCCCUGCCCCGCCCCUCCCCACUCCUGCCCCACCUCUUCCCACCCCUGAGCGCGCUGCGUCCUCACUCCUCUCCCCUUCCCAGUACGUCCCUCGGCCCACGCCGCUUCCUGCAGCUCCCAUUGGCCUGGAGCAGUGAACCGCGGCCACUGGGAGCUACGAUCGGCCAAACCUGCGGACGCGGCAGGUAAACAAACCAGCUCGGCCCUCCAGGGGCUUUCCCUACACAAGCGGCGUCCCAGGUUUGGGAAACACUGCCUUAGGGUACUUCAGAUUAAACCACAUUGCUAUACAAGUACCUAGCAAAUAUUCAUAACUUCAACUACAAAAAUGAUGCACACAUACAGACAGCAUAAUCAUAAUUAACAAAUCACAGUCUUUCCAUAGACACGUUACACGACAACCUUUGUACACUAUUUGCUGCAAAUAUAUAACAGUGGUUGCGGGUUAUGUCAAUAACAUCACACUCUUUCUGGUCGGUCUCUUCACUUCCUUGUUUUUGUUUUGCCUGUGGUUAUGCCACGGGGGUGGGCUCCCACCGUGUUCCAGUGACGGCUGCUUCCCUAGCCAAUUUAUCUGCUUGUUCGUUUCCCCACUGUAAUGGACUCUUUCCCCUAUGGGCCUUUCUUUUAACCAUCCGGACCCUUUUAUAUUGCUUUGCCAAUUUCUCCAUUUGCUGCCACAGAAGUUUGUGCUUAAUUUCGGAUCCGUCGGUUCCUGUCAAAUCUACACUAUUCCACCAUGGUAGGUAGAGGGUGGUUCCCUUGUAAACAUAAUCUGAAUCAGUUCCUAUUAUUAGCUCCGUUUGCUUGUUCCUCAUCCUGGCUAAAACUUCUAAGACCGCUGACACUUCUGCAAACUGCGUUCCUCCUUUGAUCAGUUUGUACUGGAAGGUGUUAACUCUCUGCAGGUUUCCAGUUAAACAAAUCUCUGCAAAGCCAGUGACUCGUUUUCCUUCGGCGUAACGUGAGCUGCCGUCCACAAACCAAAUGGUUUUUCCCAUCACCUGUUCAACUGGGGUUGCUUUAAAGACAGGGUGCGCUUUGGAUUCCCGUUGGGUUUCACAAACAUGUUCCCGACCGCUCACAGUCAAACCCCAUCCAGAUAUUUCAGGUCCUUUUAGUGGGACUAACUGAACAUUCUCGGACAUGAGAGCAAAGACCCGUUGAAUGGCCGUAUCUACUCUCGCACGGCCUUUAGACAGGCUUUCCCUUCCCAGCGCACGGUGACUUUACAAUCACCUCGCUUGCUCCGAUAAUUGCCUGAGCUUUUCGUAGUGUCCAGUAGGCGGCGAGAGCGGUUUGCUCACAACUUCCCAGUUUGCUUUCUGGACCUGCUAACGCUCUGCUAUAAGGAACGGGUCUCUCCCCUGCACCAGUAUCCUGUGUAAGCACACGAACAAUACAGAAAUUCUUCACACUAGGGUACAACACAAAGGGGAAUUCGCAGGGCCGGUGCAACCAUUUAGACAAACUAGGCGGCCGCCUAGAGCGCCUAGUGGUUGGGGGCGCCUAAAAGGAGGAGGUGGAGUGGAGGUGAGCUGGGGUGGGCUCCCCAGGCGGGUUAGCUGCAGUGGGGGGUAGCUGCUGCGGGGGGGGGGGUGUCCCCGGGCGGGGUGGCAGGCUCCCCAGAUGGGGGGCUGGGUUAGCUGCCACGGGGGGGCGGAGUUAGCUGGUGCGGGGGAGUGCAAGGUGGAAGUUUCGCCUAGGGCGUGAAACUUCCUUGCACCGGCCCUGGGAAUUCGUUGUUAGGGGCGGCCAAGGUAGGUGCCUCCAUUAACCCUUUUUUCAGUCUUUCCUAUGCCUUAGUUGCCUUCUUGGUCCAGGUCCACUGUAGUCUUUUAAGUAUCUCGUACAGGGGAGCUGCCUUCUCUGCGUACCCAACCAUGAAUUCUCUGCAGAAGUCAGUGAGCCCCAAAAAAGUUUGCAAAGAUUUAGUAUCCUCCGGCAUAGGGAGGUUAACAAUACACGUCACCCUUUCCUUAGCCACAGACCUCCCCCCUGCACUGAGUCGAAUUCCAAGAUAUCGCAUGUCUCUGUUUCAUCUGGGAUUUAGAGGGGUUAAGUUUCAAGCCGUACGCUUGGCAGCUAGUCAGUAACUGCCGCGUUAACGCUUCAUCUUCCUGUUCUGUUUCACUGACUAUUAAAAUGUCAUCUACAUACUGGCCUAUCCUUCCCGUUUGUAACAGUCCCGCCUUCUCUAGCAUAUUUCUCACUACAGCAGGAAAUAUUGUGGGUGCGUCACAGUACCCCAUAGGCAGAACAUUCCAGCCGUAUUGUGUACUCUGGAAUACAACAGAGGUUCUGUAUUGAGACUCUGGGUUUAAAGGUAAACUCCAAAAGCCGUUUGCCACGUGGAGUACUGAGAACCACUUCAUGUCAGGGGUUACCGCCUCCAGCAAUGCUGGUGCCCCCCGCUUGGCAGUUCUGUUUAACCCCUGAUAGUCAAGAGUUAAUCUCCAUGUUCCAGCAGGUUUUUUGACUGGCCAGAUCGGUGCCACGUUAGACGCUGAAUACCUUGGAAUUAAUUUUCGUUUUUCCAAUUCUCCUAUAACCUGCUUUAAAGAUUCUUUUGCUUCCUGAGGUAUUGGGCAUUGUUUGAUAUAUGGGGGUGUGUCUCCCUCUAUUGUAACGGAGGUUUGUAUUUUUCCGGUAUCUGGGGAGUCCACUGCCCAGACAUUCUGAAUCUCAGCCCACCAGCCGUCCCAGCCAUCCCGCACAGGGGGUGGCUAUUUGGGCUUUAUCGCUUUCACCGUCUGAGUAGCAAGUCCCACUGGGAUCGGGUCAGCAUUGUUUGUUUCUCCCGUUACAGUGAGAGCUUGUCUGAUACACAUAUUUGGGAAGUCCAGGAUUAUUCCCAAUCGUCUGAUAGUUUCUGCCCCAAUUAGAUUUUCUCUCCCUGCCAUAGCCCACUUCUCCUGAAUGGUAUGUACACCAAACUGGAGAGGGAGGGUUUUAACAUCCUAUGUUUGCUGAGUUCCUGAUAUGCUGUGUAUUUGUAUGGAGUCCACGACUGGAUAUACAUUAAAUGCAUCUUUUACUAUAGGAAUUCCAACCCCCGUGUCCAACAGAAAAUCUGCAAGCCCAUCCCCGACUCGGAUGCGUAAGUGGGGGCGUUCCCAGACAUCUAUUGUCAUGGGUUGCUGGAAAACGCAUUCCGCGUUGCAGGGAGGGCUGUCCUAUGCUACUAAAUUACUAACAAUCGGAUCAGUCAAUCCAGACGCCAAGACAGUCACCUUAGCCACCUUCAUCACUGCCUUUUGAGACUCCUGGCCAAUCAAACAUACCUGUAGCUACGCCCACAGCUUCUCACUCUCUUCUUAAAGGUCUUCGUUCUCCUGUUUCAGAGCUCCAGGCGACACCCGUUCACGCUCUCUAUUUACUCCUCUACCCUCUGUUCAUUCCACCACAUCGCCAACGGCCACGGGGAGAGUCUCCAGGACCCUCUGUUUUCCACUGUCCUAACUGUUGGCAGCUCACUGACAGUUCCUUCCUGGUGUUUAACCGCAGUCUGCACUUUUUCAAUCCAUUCGUUCCAAGGUGCGUCCCUGGCUCCGUUCUCACACCAAGCGUUCCUCCGUUCGAGCACCCCAGAAGGCAGCGCCUCCAAAACAAGUUGCUUCAAAUCCUCGAGCUCAGUAUCCCCCGCGGUUAGCCUAGCACACGUUUAUAUCCUGUCCGCCAGCGCGGCCGGAGCCUCUCCCGGUAUUCCUGGCAUUCCUUUAAGUGCAGCUAAUCCACUGGAGAGCGUAAAAUGCUUUUGAGCCACCCGUUAAACCGCUUGCGUCACAUCGUCCUCAAAACCAAGGGAGUGACAGUUCAGUGGUCCCCACAGGGUUUGUACCAGAAUUGGUUCCUGUGACAGGUCGAUUCCCACCGCUUUUCACACCUGCGAGCGUUUCUGGAACUCAGUGAAAUUCUCAGCAGGCAGGGGGCCGGCCGCGCAGCUAACGCAGUUAGUUCAUUCAUUUUGAAAGCAUCGAGCCAGGCUGCGAAGCCGCUUGCUCGAGGUGGGCGAGGUGUAUCUGUACCGCACUUGGGUGCCUCCAUUUCCCUCUCUGCAUAAUUCCCACGGGGCCCUGGCUCUCUGAAAGGGUCAGGACAUUUUUUCGUUGCAGUUUCCACUGCGUUCCAGAACCCCAGUGGAGGUGGAGCACCCGUUUGUGGGGUAGCGUCAAGGGUAAAGUGGGGUGCAGGCGGGGUGUCAGGGUCAGGUUCCGGGACAGGGCUGUCCCUCCCAUUUCCCCCCAUUUCUCCUGGUUUAACUGGAAUUGAUCUAGGUUUGGGGGAGGGUUUAUCCAGAACCUGGUUCUCAACAUAAGGUGGCGAUUGCAGGGUGGUGGCCCCCGCCCCCGGGUCAAGAGAGGAGGAUCUACCUGGGUCAUCAUUCCACACGUCCCCAGUGCAUCCUCCAUUCCAGUUGUCCCAUGUUCCAUCUUUUCAUUUAGCUAACCAAUCUGUUUCCUUUUCUGCCCCCACCCUUCAGGUACGAAGUCUGUCGAGCAACAGGGGACGGUAGCUUUUUCUUCUGCAGGUUUUCCACAGCUGUUUCCAAUUGUUUAUUUUCCUGCUUGAUCUGUUCGAGCAGAUCGCGGGUUUGGACCGCCUGUUGCCCUGUUAAAAGCGCUUGGGCUUUCCAGUGCUCGACUGCCUGGGUUGCUUCCUCCAAGGCUUCAGUUACCUCUUCUACUUGCCCGGUUUUCUCCAGGACUUGCCUGGCCAGUGUGGUGGCGUGUUGUUUAAGCCAUCGUACUGCCAUGGACAUUAAUUGCAAAAUUCCAGCUUUUUGACUUUCGUUAUUACUUUUUAGAGCUUCUGUUUCUACUAUUGCUUUAUGUACGCCAGUCCAUGUUUGGGGUCACCAGUGUCGUCAGACGUCACCGAUGGGGUGCUCUGCUCUGUUCAUUGUUGAUACCAGUCGGCUGCAUGUGUGUGUUCCCUCUGUGUGCUGCCCCGGCUCUGCAGAUCGCUGGCACAGCAGGCCCCGGAGAACCCCCAAUGACCACAGGCUCCAGUAAGGAACGAAGACCCCCGGCCAGGUUCAUUGUCAAACGAAACACAGGACUAGUUCCCCACAGACUCUACAGGAGAUACUACGAAUAUGCGCCCCCCGACAAUCAUAGGUGCCUACUUCCCCUCUUUUCUGUGGGAGCUCGACCUUCCCUCUGCCCCUACCCCCAACCCCACUCCACCCUUUCCAUGAAGCCCUGCCUCUUCCCACCCCUUUCCAACCCCCAUUCCAACCCCUUCCCCAAAGUCCCCGCCCCAACUCUGCUCCCUCCCUGCCCCUAUUCUGACUCCUUCCCCAAAUCCCCACCCCGGCCCCACCUCUUCCCCUGAGCACACCAUGUUCCCGCUCCUCCCCCCUCUCCCGGAGCUGUUUGGCAGUGGCCAGGUGGGAAACACUGGGAGGUAGGUGGAGGGGCAGGGGAGCUUGGCUGCCGGUGGGUCCUGAGCACCCACUAAUUUUUCCCUGUGGGUGCUCCGGCCCCGGAGCACCCACUAAUUUUUCCUUAUGGGUGCUCCGGCCCCGGAGCACCCACGGGGUCAGAGCCUAUGCUGACAAUGGACCGUCUCAGUCCGUGGCGGGAUUCUCCUGGCACACGUGGGUUCGAACAAAACAAAUCUAUCCACCACAUGAUCCUUUUGACCCUGUCGUUAAAAUGGGUCAGCCUGUUCCUUGUUAUCUGUGUGGAAGGCACUGCCAGGGGGUUCCCGGACCAUCCUGGCACAUGUUUCUGUUACUAGUGAUUAGUAUCUUUCAGGCAUGUGUAUAAUAGCAACAUCAGCCUUCUUCUUGCCAAUUCUGUGAGCAGGGCCUGCCUCUGACUCACAGCUUCACUUUGCUUUGUGUUAGCAAAGUCUUGAUCAUUCCUUUAGUUCAGGCCUCAUGUCUCAUACCAGGCCUCUGGUACAAGGGUUUAUGUUUCAGGGCCUCAUCUUACCACAUCCCCCCACCCUCGCUCACUCGCUCGUUUUCACCAGGCUGGAGCAGG